UUUAGUAUUAUAUGAAGAUGCAGAGGAUAAACCUGUUAAUCAAGAUAAUAAUUUAAUAUUAUAUAAAGAUGCAGAGGAUAAAUGCAUCAAUCAAAAUAAUAAUAAUUUAAUAGCAUAUAAUAAUAUAAAAGGUGAACAUAUUAAUCAAAAUAAUAAUAAUCCAAAGUUGCUUUGA